ACCGAGAUCCUUCUUUAUUGCCCACUGAGUCUGCGUCAACAGCAGCUAUACGCCCGUCUGCGAGAUAAGAUCUGUCUCGAGGAAUUGACAAUUGCAGUAAAUAGCAACAGUAUUAACUACCAUGUUCCCAAUUCCGCUGGAGCUGCUUCCUUCUGCAUCGAAAGAUCUGCUGGUAAUCCUAAUACUAUAAUUACAGGCGCCGGGCUGGCUCCUGGUAUAAAUAAUGGUAUCGGAGCCUGCUCCGCUACAAUCAGCUCUGGUGCGACAGACACGGACGCCUCAACUUCUUGCUCCUUUCUUACAACUCCUGGAUCAACUAGCCUUACCACUGGGGAGGCCACUAGUCAAGCCUCUGGUGCUCUUAGUUCAAAUGUCAACUCCAAUCCCAGCACAACAGCUCGUCUCAUCAAUUUGGUAAUGCAGUUGCGCAAAGUAUGUAACCAUCCUGACCUACUCGACAGACGCGACGUGCGACACACCUGCGUGACUGGUCGUUUGGCGCCCUUUGGGGCCUAUAUUUCUUCGUCUCCACCGGUACCGUCGUGGAUAGUAGAGCCUUCUUUCCCAUCCAUCUUCGAUACAACUUCGCGGCUUCUUAGAAAAAGCCGAUCGUCAAGCCGGCGAAAGACACAACUUCCUUUAGCCUGGAGGCUGCCUAGGCUGUUCUAUGAUGAUGGUAUUGUUUAUUUUUACUAA